AUGGAACAGUUUGAGAAAUCUAUGGGGAUAGAAUCAUCCUCAGAAGCCAAUGGGUUUAUAUCCUUGGAAAAAAAAGUGGAAACUGAAGUACAAGAAGUAACUAUUGAACAAUCAGCUACUGCUAGCCCAAAUGAAAAUGAUGAUGGAUUUACUAAUAGCAGAUUCUUCAAAACUAUAACCAAACUAUCGAAUAAGUUAGAUUCUUUAGGUGUCGAAUCUAAUGGUAUCGAUAGAGUUUCGCCUGAUGAAAGAGGUAGUCGUGGAAGACAACUUUUACAUGUUUCUGGUUUAUGGUUAAGUGCCACAGGUGGGUUAUCUUCAAUGUCAACAUUCCUACUAGGUCCACUACUUUUUGAAUUGACAUUAAAGCAGUCAUUGAUAUCUGGUUUGAUUUCAAUGUUUAUAGGUUGCUUAGUAGCUGCGUAUUGUUCGAUUAUGGGUCCACAAUCUGGAUGUAGACAGAUGGUUACAGCUAGAUUUUUAUUUGGAUGGUGGUUUGUGAAAUUUGUUGCAUUAGCUGCAAUUACAGGUGUCAUGGGUUGGUCUGUUGUCAAUUCAGUUGUUGGAGGUGAAAUGUUAGCAUCUAUUUCAAAUGAUAAAGUUCCAUUAUGGAUCGGCGUCGUCAUAGUUACAAUAUGUUCAUUUUUAGUUGCGACAUUUGGUAUUAAACAAGUUUUAAAGGUUGAAACAUAUUUUGCAGUACCUGUUCUUACAUGCUUCUUACUAUUAUAUAUCAGUGCCAGUGAUAAGUUCUAUAUGUUAAAUGAUAUCGACAACAGUGAGGUUGAUCGUAGUACAAUCAAAGGUAAUUGGUUAAGUUUCUUUUCAUUAUGUUAUUCAGUUACUUCUACAUGGGGGUCGAUUGCUGCAGAUUAUUAUAUUCUAUUCCCAGAAGAUGCUCCUAAUUAUCAAGUAUUUUUACUUACAUUCCUUGGUAUAUUUUUGCCUACUUUAUUUGUGAGUGUAUUAGGUAUGCUGUUAGCUACUGUUGCUGCUACAUACAAACCAUGGCACGAUAUGUAUGAUAAAUAUGGAAUGGGUGGAUUAUUACAUGCUGGAUUUGAGAGAUGGAAUGGAUUUGGUAAAUUUUGUGUUGUUGUUUUAAUUUUGAGUUUAAUUUCUAAUAAUAUUGUGAAUACUUAUUCAGCUGCAUUUUCUAUUCAAUUAUCGAGCGUUCACUUGGCACGCAUUCCACGUUGGAUUUGGUGUAUUUGCUGUACUGUUGUUUAUUUAGUAUGCGCGUUAGUUGGUCGUAACCAUUUCAGUACGAUUUUGAGUAAUUUCUUACCAAUGAUCGGUUAUUGGAUUUCAAUGUAUUUUAUCAUAUUAUUCGAAGAGAAUGAAAUAUUCAGAAGACACUAUUUAAAAUUGUACACUAAAGAAUUCCCAAAUGAAGAUAGUACAAAAGUAGAAGAUAGAGAGACAAGGGAUACGCUAUCAUUGACUGGAGAUUCAGUCAUUGGAGGCGCUAAAGAAGAGAGUUCACAACAUGCAUACACUAGUAUCCAUGAAUUGAAAAGAAGACACAGAAGUACUAGACACCGAUACAAUUGGGCAGCAUGGGAUGAUAAUGAAGUACUGACCCACGGUUAUGCUGCGACAGCUGCAUUUUUAAUAGGUGUAGCAGGGGUUGUCAUUGGUAUGGCGCAAACGUAUUGGAUUGGACCUAUUGCAAGAAAGAUAGGGGAAUUCGGAGGAGAUUUAGGGAUGUGGCUCAGUAUGGGAUUCUCUGGAUUGGCGUAUCCGCCUUUACGUUAUUGGGAGUUACGUAGGUAUGGUCGUUAA